CUCAGUACACGUCCAAGAGUCUUAUACGCACCUACCUAUAAUGGCUCAAUUUAUGGAAUCAGAACGUGGAAAUAUACUUAUAGUAUUAGACAAAUUUAAAUUUUUUAAAGUAAAUAGACCUUUGGCUUCUGGGUUAAUAAAAUGGCGAUGUAUAAUGAAAACUUGCAAUGCUUUUUUGAAAACUUAUUGUGAAACCACGAACAUUGCUGAACAAAAUGAUGUUCACAACCAUAGUGCAAAUAGUGAUCAAAAUAUACAACGGCAAAUUGUAUCAGUAUUGGCAAAACGUAAGGCUGUUGAAGAUAAUAAUGAGAAACCUAGUAAAAUAGUGUGUACGGUUAUUAAAAGCAUUCCUGAGUCGGAAGUGUUGCAAGUAAGUGAUUUGCAUAAUAUCAAGCGAAAUCUUUACAAUGCAAAGCGAAGGAAAUUCCCUCCUUUGCCAAAAUCUAGGGAAGAAGUUCAGAAUAUGCUGGAUAAUAUGCAGGUGGUAACCGAUCGCGAAGAAAAUGUUAUAGUUAGUAAUGACAGAGAAAAUGGUAUAAUUUUUAAAUCAUAACUUAUAUUUAACUGGUCAUCCCCCGAUCCCCAACCACGUUACAAUUGAUUAUUAAUUAUAUUUUGCCUUAUCUUUAUUAUUAUAAUUAUUUCUAUUUUACGAUUUUUAUUAAUCAUUUAUGACUUAUAUGUGGUAAUUAUUGAUUAUGAUUAUAUUUUGAUUUUUGCCUCGUCUAUAUGUUAUAAAUAUAAGAUACUAUUUUUACGAUAUUUAUUAAUUUUAUA